GCAGCAAUCAAUUGUAGCGAAAGAACGCCGAAUGUGGUCGUAGUUCAGUGGCGCGUGAGUCCCGCUGUAAGAUGGCCGUGUCGUGGUACGCCGUGCUCGCGCUCGCCGCCACCGCGCUCGGAGCCACUAUUGGACCAACGGAAAAGCAAAUAUUGGAGAAGUCUGCAUGCGGUCGGGUGUGGGUGACAGUACACUCGCCUGAAAUCCGGUUAGCUGCUUCAGUAACUCUCUUAGAUGCAGUGGAACUUAAUUGGGACUUCAACGGGUGUUUUAGUACACCAAAACAAAUCGGUCUAUUUGACGAUAGACCACAGUCAUGGGAUAACGCGCUAUCAGUUUUCCAAGUGACGACAUCAGAAGGUUAUGUCGUGACGAACAUGUCCUUAGGCGAAGGAACCCUGCCCGCUGGCUGGGCAACCGGUGCUGGGGUCAAAGGUCCCCAGUGUCUUUGGCCGUGGGUCGCUGCAGGAGACAAUGCUGAAAUACAAGCUUUCAAUUGCUUGAAGAUUCAACCCACUUGGAUGGAAGACGCAGGGUCUAAAAUCAACAAUCUACGCGUCGGUGACUUAGCUAUAGCGGGCACACAUAACGCAGGAGCGUGGAAGUUUAACACCGAAGUCAGCUCCGUAUCACGGGACAGCUUUGUGCUGUGCCAAGAUCGGUCCAUUUGGGGACAACUAGUACACGGCAUCAGAUACUUCGACUUCAGAAUCGCUUAUUACGAUUUCUACCAAAAUGAGGAAGACAGAUAUUGGUUGAAUCACAACUUAAUUCGAGUCCGUCCCUUAGUGCCGCUGUUGAGAGAAAUAAGAGCUUUCCUUGAUGUUACGAAAGAGGUAGUCUUCCUGGAUGCUCAUCACUUUCCCGUCGGUUUCUACCAGCCAGAUGGGGCACCAAUCAGACCUGUGCAUGCGGGUCUUCUGGAAAUAGUGCAGAGAGAAUUGGGGCCCCACUUGGCCUUAGCCAAUCAGUUUGGGACAGGCAUUGGCACCAGGGGGCCAACUCUGCAGACACUAAUUAAUGCCGAUAAGCGUCUUCUCUUCAGUUACGUUGACAACUCUAUAGUUUCCCAAAACUCGUGGCUUUGGCCCAUCCUACCUCACUUGUGGGCUAACACGAACAGUCCAACGGAGUUGUUCCAGUACUUAGACAGGGCAAUAGCGUCGUCUCCCCAGCCCGCGGCGCGGUCGCCACUUUUCUCUGCAAUGGCGCAGACUACUCCCACUGUACUCGACAUCCUUUUCCUGCGAGGGUCACUGCGUGACAACGCUGACGCCGUCAACCGCAACGUGACCGCACGUCUGGCGACACGCUGGCGCACUCAAGCCAAUAUAAUUUCCACUGACUUCUUCUUAGGCAACGACGUCGUUGAUUUGUCCAUAAUGAUAAGCAUUGAGCGGGCCUCCCGUUUAUGACGUCGUCAUAAACGCUUCCGAAGCGGGGGACUCCACGUUAACGCAUCUAGACGCAGCCGCGGCCAUGUUGGUGCUCCCGGCCGUCGCUCGCCGUGGCUCCCACACCGACGGAACCGCUCGGAGCUGCCGCGCCAGCUAUACUUACCAGCUGAUCGCGGAUGUCCGCCUCAUCACUGCCAUACGUAGAGGACCCAAUCGACAAGUAGUGAGAUAUUUUUAGAUAUAUAAUUUGUAUAUAGGUUCUAACUAGUCUGACACUCCUUCAAAAGGACUGUCAAUAAUUUGUA